AUGGUCCGUUUAACGUGAGUACCAAUUUAAUAUUAAAUCUAAAUGAAUUUUACGCAAAUAUAUAUAUUCGAUUCUGAGCGAAAGAAAUUUUAUCCAAUUCAUACUUUAGAGGGAGGUUAUUUAAUGAUUUUCUAAGAGGUUUUUAAAAUUAUCUGUAAAAAUCUUAUGGAUAUACCGUAAAAUAUGUACAGAUUUACGAUUUCAUAAUUUUACAUUUUUGUAACAUUUUUUCUCCUAGAAAUCUUGUUUCAAUCAAAAAAUGAUAACUUUCUUAUUGCAUUUUCGAUAUAAUUGCCCAAGAGUAAUGCCAUAUAUGAAUAUUUCAAGUAGUUUUCAUAAAAACUGAGGUAACCCAAAAAAAGAUUAAGAAUGAAAAUUGAUAAAUUUAUGACAUUACAAUUUCAUUAUUUUAAAUUUUGACGCCUUAUGUUUUUUACAAUUAGAAAUAUAGUUUCAAUAAAAAAAGGCGAGAUCAUUGUUGUUGCAUAUAUAAUCUUGUUAUUGCGUAAGAGAGUCUUUUUUUUGAUAAAGUUUUAAUAAAAGAAUAACAAAAAAAAUAAAAAAUACAAAAUAAAUGGGAAAAUUUACUAAAAUAAUACUUUUGUUAUUUAUUGUCAUUCAAUCAAAAAUAUUUGUAGGAACUUGAAAUGUAGACAGAAAAUUAUAUUUGUUUUUCUAGAUGUGAAAAAAUUUUUAAAAUAUUUUAGUUAUUUAUAGAUAUUUUAAUUUUUCCGUGUUGUAUAUAAUUUUAUUCUGUAAGUUUUCUGUGGAUAAAAUUUUUAGACUUAAUGGAAAUAUUUGAGUAUCGAACAGGAGGUUUAUUAUAGAUUGUACCUUAUAGUCACAAAAAAAAAAUGAGUAAUGCCUUUUUUCUUUAUAAGAAUUAAAAUCAAAUUUUGAUGAAAAACUUAAAUAUUUUGGCUUUUCAACAUGUAUAACUGAACUUUGCUCAGAAUCUUUUUCAAUUAGCAACGGUUUAUCUUUGUGUAUAGAUAAAUAUUAAAUUCCUUUCUAUAUCUUACUUUUCCAACUUCUCACUUCAUAUCCAUCAUAUGAUUUUUUUUAUAAUAGAUUCUACAUUGUAACCUUCAAUGUUGCCACUAAAUCUCCUAAUCAACCUUUGGGAGAACUACUACAAUGGAACGGCCGUACUGAACAACAAUUACCAGACUUUUGUUUAUUUGGGUAAGUGGCUAAGUUGUUACUACCUAUAUGAUUUUGUUUUAACUUAUUAUCAAUAUUGAAAUUAAUUUGACAUAUUUUUUUGAAUUGUGUUAUACAUUUCAAUAUGUGAUGAUUGAAAAAUACAGUUAAGUAUGGAAAGUAUUGAUUUUGUGCUUAAUAUGCUAUGUGAGCAGAUUUCAAGUUUAUUUUAAUUUUCAGUAAAGAUUUUACAUCCCAUGAAAAAAUUUGAAAUGAUGCCUCAAUAAGCACUUUAAUAUUUCAAGUGGAUAAUUAAUAAAUUAAUAAUACAAAGAUUAAAUUUGGCUGUAAAAUACUUUUUUUUGGUAACACACUUCAUAGUUGAAACACUGAAAGUGGUAUGCUACUUUAUCAAAAUGAGUGGUUGGUUAUUGAAUGAUAACUUCUUUAAACAAGUUAAGAUUAAGUUAAGUACUGUUAUAAAUAAAUUAAAAAUGAGUUCAUUCAUACUAGUUGGUAUAAAAACAAUAUCAAAAUAAGAAUAGUAAAUAUAAAUUUAUAAUAGCCAAUAUUAACGAAAGGAAGGAUGCAUAAAAUUAUUUAAUUUAUAUCUGAAUAAUGCUUAAGGUGGGAACACACUAUUAUCACGUCACGUGAGUACACAAUAAAAUAAUUAUACUAAUAUCAUGCUAUCACAUCACAUCAUUCAGUGCAUGCAUGAUUUUCAUUCAAAGUAGAAUAUGCUAGUUCAACUAGUUCUUCAGAUUAGAAAAUGCUGCAGCUUUUAUCAUUAUAAGUGAAAAACAAUAAAAAAAAGAUCAGAAUAGGUUUGUAAAACUAAUAAAAGACUGGAAGAACUAGGUGAAUUUAAUUGAUUGGUGCAAGAGUUAAAUGAAGCUAGUCAUUGAGUUUAUAUGUACUUUAGAAUGAAAAAAGAAUUUGAAUACCUUCAUGAACUGAUCAUAGACGACAUACAUAAAGAAAACAUAAUUUAGAAAAUCAAUACCUUGGCGAGAAAGAUUAGGUGUUUGCCUGAGGUACGCAUUUAAAUUUAUAACAAAAUAACACAAAAUACAAAAUAUUUUCAUUUAUCCAUCCAAAAUCCCAAAUCAGAAUAAAACGUGAUAUCACGUGGGGCACAAUGAAAUAUAUUGUGUAUAUCAAGUGAGUGGGGGAUAAUUUGUUUAAUAUAUUAAUAGGUUUCACAUAUUCCUCGUGUGAUGUGAUGUGAGUUACCGAAAUAAGACAUGAGCUCAUGUGACAUGAUAAUAGUGUGUCCCCAGCUUAAACUAUUUUUUUUUAUAAGUUUGAAAUUUUUACAAUUUUGGUUGAAAUUUAAAUGUUUUAAAAAAUAAAAUUUCGUCAAAUUGUUUUAAAAUAUAAGAAGUGGUGUGGCAACAUUGCUGUGAUUAUUCUUUUGUUUCUGGGAUGAAGGGGAAACAUCAAGUUUCAUCACCCAUAACAAUUGAGUCUAGGAAUUCUAAAAACAAAUAACAGCACAUAAUUCGCACUUGGUGGUGAUGGAGAUCGCAGCAUCUAUCGCUGACAGCUGACAUGCCGGCACUGAACAUAAUAGUGGUUGGCGCAGUGACCGGAAUGGUAGUGGGAGAAAAACCUGCACGGUGAUGAUAUCAGAUUUCACUUAGCGACCCACUUUUAUAGUUAUUACAUUGGAAAAAUUGCAAAAAAAAAAUUAUAUUUUACCGACACACCUCAUUUUAUAAUAAUAAUAAUAUUAACAAUAAUAUCCUUUUCUUUGUUAACCAAAUUGACAAUCAUUAGUAUGCAUUAGUAACUACAGGCGCACACACUGGGGAUCUUUACUUAUGUUAAGAAACCUAAAACUAACAUAUUUUGUAUUAUUUUAGAUUCUGAAUGAAGUGAGGAAUGUUUUGGUUUUACAAUGAUGUUUAUUUUAUUUAUUUAUUUCUGUGGACAAUUUUUCUACCAGUAAUUUUGUUCUGAUUCACAAUGAUAAAUAACACUUUCUGAAAGGAAAACUGACUGGAGUGAAACUUUAAAGAGAUUUUUUGAUUUUCUCAAGAGUUAAAAACGGGAAAUUGGUACAAUAUUAAGCAUAUUAUGUAAUUAUUUUAUCAUAAUAUGACAUAUAUAAAUAUUGUUGACAAAGCAACACUACAAACUGAACUCCGCUCAGAAUUGUUUUUUCGUUAGCAAUGGUUUAUCGUUGCUUACAGAUAAACAUUAAAUUUUCCCUCUACUACCCAAAUUUUCACCUAUAACAUUGGCUGCACCCGUCCCAUUAUCUUAGGACAUCUUUUUAUUGAUAAUGCUGUCUUCUAGACCUAGCGAUGCUUAUAUUAUUUUUUAAUGUUUGAUUUGUUUUUCAUAUUUAAAAUAUAUGAUUUUUGGUAAAAUGUGCUAGUGGAUAGCACAUUUGUCAAUCAACCCUGGUAUUUUUGUUAUGUUGGGUCAUCACUGUUUGCUUCUUGCUGGACACCCCUCUUGGAAACUUAGGAGCGAUCUAUGUCGAUUUAAUACCACUAUCACUAUUAAUUUAUUGUUGAGCUAUAAUGUACAAAAAUUAAUAUUUGCUAAAUAUUAUAAAAUAAGGAUAAUUUAAAAAUAUCAUGGAAUAGUUUAUAUAAAUUAUUUGUUUAUUUUCGUAUUCAGUUAUGUAUAAUGUGUACAAAUGUACAAUAUUCUAGAAAUAUUAUAAUAUUUAUUCACUAUAAUUAAUGACAUCUGAAGAUUUCUUUAGCGAAUGCUUUUAAAUUAAAAAAUCUUAUAAAACAUCCUUAAAAUGUGAAUACAAUUUAUUAACAAGUUUUAAAAAAGUGAUAAUUUAAAACUAUAGGUUUUUAUUAGAAUUUCAUAAGGUAAGAAAAAAAAAUUGAAAAUGAUAUAUUUAUAUUUUUUCAUAAAUGAUUUUUAUGUUAAAUAUUUUGAUAUUUUAGGAUUCAAGAAGUUAAGGCUCAACCUCAGAACUUGCUUUUAGAUUCAGUAUUUGAUGAUCCAUGGACUGCAGCUCUUAGGUUUGAAUAUAUAUUUUAUUUCAAGUAUAACUCUGUAUAAUUGAAAGUUUGUUUUCCUAGGGAUGUUAUAAGUGACUUUGACUAUAUUAAGAUUCGUACAGUAAAAAUGGUUGGGUUGCUGUUAAAUGUAUUUUGCAAACGAAAACAUAUAUCUCAUUUAAAAGAAAUGGAAAUUUCAGAAACACCCACUGGACUCCUGGGUCUUUGGGUAAAAUUAUUAUUUAAAUAUUUAAAUCUAUUGUUUACUAUAUAAAUAUAGUAGUAUAAUAUGUUAUAGUAUUUUUUGAAUAAAUGAUUUAAUAAUUUUAACUGUUUCUUAAUUGUUGUUUAUUUUUAGGGAAAUAAGGGUGCUGUCAGUUUUAGUUUUAAAAUUCACGAUACUACAAUAUGUUGUAUCAACUGUCAUUUUGCUGCACAUGAAGAAAAUUUAAAACAUCGAAUUGAUGAUUAUCAUACAAUUAUUAAAAGUCAAUAUUUUGGUUCAUCCAAGAAAACAAUUUUAAAUCAUGAGUAUGUAAUUUAAUAUUCCUAAAGACCCAUUUCAUCAGUAACUGUUAAUUGUUUAUGAUAUCUUUAAUCAUAUAACAUCAUUAAACAAUUAACUAUUAAAUUUUAUAAUAUAGAAACUAAAAAAAAAAAAGUCUAUUUCUAUAAUUAAUUGUGUGUUAAUUGAUUUUAAAACAAAAUUAAUUUUUAAACAUUUGUAAAUUUAAUAUUAAUUAAGUAAUAAGUACCUUAUUAAAUUUAUAAGGUAAUAAAAAAAUGUACUUCAAUUAAUUUUAAUUAUUUGAUCAUUCAUUAUUAUAGUGAUGUGUACUUAUUUUAACUAUCAUAGUUAAGUGUGUGUCGAAUAAAUAUUGAAUGCAAUUUAAUAAAUGUUAAUGUUCAUAUAUUUUUUUUAGCUAUGUAUUUUGGUUUGGUGAUCUUAAUUUUCGUUUAGACAAUAGUUCAUUAAAAUCAGCUGAAGAAAUUGCUUACACUGUUAAUAAUGUAGAGUCAUCUUAUAAAACUGCAAACAUAUUAACUGAUAUCUGGGCACAAGAUGAAUUAAAUUUAGUCAUGAAAAAAUCAUUAGUAUUUAAAGAAUUUGUUGAGGAAUUACCAAUGUUUCCACCAACCUACCGAUAUAUUAUUGGUUCUUGCCGAUAUGAUGUCAAGUAUGACUUUCACUGUAAAUAUUUAUUUAUUAUAUUUGUAUUCAUAUAUAUAUAUAUAUAUAUAUAUAUGUAUGUAUGUAUUAUAUGUCAAUUUAUAAUGACAAUCAUUUUUUCUUAGGAGACGACCUGCAUGGACAGAUCGUAUUUUAUACAAAGCAAUGGACUCAUCAAAUAAAAAAUGUGCAUUAGAUAUAUUAUCUUAUAAGUAUAUUGAGUCAAUUAAAUUGAGUGACCAUAAACCAGUUUAUGGAGAAUCUAGUAUUCAAGUAAUAAUAUUUUAAUGGUUUGAUCAAAUUUAGUUUUAACUUUAUAAUUUUGUGUAGUUAAAUAAAGGAUUUUGUAAAGCAAAUUCUACCUAUAAUCAACCUAUUAUUUUCCAACAAAUAAAUACAUGGCAAUUGGAAGAAGUCAAUGAAGUGAAUUUACGGAUAAAAGAUUAUAUUCCAUGUGUUAAUGAUUGGAUUGGAGUAUUUAAUGUAUGUUAUAACUUAUAAUUUUACAUAAUUUAAUAUUUAAUCAUAUAAUAAAAUAAAUAUACAUUUAUAUUGUUUAAUUUAUAUAUACUUUCUAGGAAAAAUAUACCAGUCUUGAAGAUUAUUUAUCAUAUGUUUACUUACCUUCAGAGAUGGCUGAAAUUGAAGAAUCCAACUUGGAAUAUAGACGAUUUAAUAAUAUAGAAUCUGCACAUAGAGUAAAAUUUCUUCCUGAAAUUUUUCCAGAUGGAUCAAAAAGUGUAUGUUUAAAUUUUUCUGAGACAGCAGUGCUGAAUCCUGGCACUUACAGAUUGAUUUAUUUUAGCAGUUCUAAUAAUUCAGUGCUUGGUUUAUCAAAUCCAUUUAUCGCAUCUAAACAUAAUUCUACACUUAACACGUCUCAUGAAUUUGGUUGGUGA